AUGGCUCGUGCUCGGUUGUGGAAGAGAGGCGAUGGUGGUGGCGGUGGUGGUGGUGGUAGUAGCGGUGGUGGCGGCGAUGUGUACGAUUCACCACUCACCGAUGACCCCAUGCGGUCAGCGACAGUCGAGGUUCCCGGUACAACGAACGAGGCUGCUGCUGGUGCUGCUGCGACAACAACGACGGCGGCGGCGAUGGCGGCGAGCGGUCGCGCGACGUUUUUACGCCGCACAUCGCGCGUCACGCGACGAACCGAACACCCAGCAAGCCCGGCCAGCCACACUGCGCCUCUCGUACACCUCCGGCGGUGUGGGCUCCGUGAACCUGAAUCAGCUGAUCUCGUCCACGGCAACAUCCGAACGCCACAGAUCACAGAGGAUGUCCUGGAAACCUAUCUUUUGUCUACACAAACACUAACUGACCCCGGUCUUCUUGUUAUUCCCACGAAACCGCUCCACAUUUGA